GUCCCAUCUUCGCUUCCGUGUUCCAUUUUCACAUCUCUGUCCCAAUUUAAUUUAGAAAUGACCAAUUUUUUUUUAUUGGCCCAACCUAGUUUCGUCGACUGUAUAACAGUAGAAGCUUUUUGUAUAUUUAGAUUCUAUUGCCAAUCGUGAAACAUGAAUAGUAUCAUCCUCUUCAGUUUGAAUUUUCGAAUCAAAGUAUCCCUUUAUAAAAAAAUGUAAACUGCCCAAAAAUUAAAUACUUUCAAAUUCUUGACACCCUGAAGAAAGCUAACAUUGUUUUGUUUUGUUUUGAAAAGCGUUGAAUAGGAUUGCCGUCGCACAAAACACGUUGAAUGGUACUGUUACCUGGUUUUAAUUUACCUUCCGGCUUGCAUAAAUUGAAUGUCACACAAAUUUUCGGCUUCAUCAUCUAUCUCGAGACAUUGGCUAUAUAAAUCUGCCUCUUUUGUCGAUCUUCUUCUUCUUUAUCUGUCAAACAAAGAUGCAAUUGUCUUUGGGUCCUCUCCUUUUACUUUUCACUUUGGCCAUCUCGUUGGUCUCUGCCGCCAACUCAGUCAGCGUAUGUUCCUCUUGUACUUACAAGACCAUCUCUGCUGCCUUGAAGGCUCUUCCUAGCGGCUCCACCACCUACACUAUCAACAUUGCACCUGGCACUUACACUGAACAAAUCUCUAUCACUCGCUCUAACGUUAUUUUGAAGAACUCUGGUAGUGGCACUGUUUUGAUUCAAUACAACGCUGGUCAUGAUACACAAUCCAAGACUGGUUCUGAUACUGACUCUGCUGUUUUGACUAUCAAGGGUAGCAAUGUUAAAGUCUACAAUAUAACUUUUGCUAAUACUUAUAAGAAAACCGAUGCUGCUGGUCUUGCUCUUAACCUUGAGGGUGCUCAAGCUGGGUUCUACAACGCCAAGUUCUAUGGCUUUCAAGAUACCCUUUUGAUUAACAGACGCGGUAGCGGCUAUUUUAAAAAAUGCUACAUCGAAGGUUCUGUUGACUUCAUCUGGGGUUACGGUAUUGGCUACUUCCAAGGUUGUAUUAUUGCCUCUAACUCUAGAGGGUUUGUUACCGCUCACAACCGCGAUUCUUCUAGCAGCGUUGGUGGCUUCUAUUUUAACAAAUGCAUUGUUAAAGCCACUGUUCCUUCUGGUCCUCUUGCCUCCAAUUAUAGUUCCACUGUUGCAUUUACUUCAAUAUCACAGGCUACUCAUACUUGUUACUUGGGUCGUCCUUGGAACCAAUAUGCUCGUGUUGUUUUUAUGUAUUCUACUAUCAAUAGCCACAUCUACCCUGCUGGUUGGUCUCAAUGGAGCAAUGCCACACCCAAUACCUCCAGUGUCACUUUUGCCGAAUAUAGCAACAAUGGUGCCAGUGCUUGGUCUUCUUCGCGCGCUUCUUUUGCUAAGCAAUUGACUGCUUCUGAAGCUGCCCAAUAUAGUGCUGCCAAGGUCUUUGGCUCUACUUCAUGGAUUGACUCUUCUGUCUGAACCUUUUAACAACGAUAACAAUAAACCAAUACUUGAUUGGUUAUAUUUUUUCAUUUACUUUGGCUAUGCUGAAAUUCGUAGCAAACCAUUCAACACAGCAUGAAGUAAUAUAUAAGUCAUUAACCACUAAAGACUUGACCCUCUUCUUUUUUAGCUAUCUUCAUAAUCAGAAUUUCUUUAACAACUUUGAUACAUAUAUCAGAUAAACCAUAGGAUACUAUAGAACUUUGUGUAAUACUGUUAAUUCAAGCGAGCCAAU